AGCGAAGCACGCGUUCUUAACUCGCCGACGGUUUGUGUUGUGCGUCUGUGUCCAAUGGGUUAAUGUGGCCGAUAUAGUAAAUAGUGGAGCAUUGACGAAUGAAUCAGUUAAGUGACGUCUACGAAGCAAAGCGAGAGUGAACCACAGAAAUACUGAAAAGCGUUUGAAUUUUAUUUUAACAACAUUUUGUUGCUUACUUUGCGAUUUGCGAUUGCAAUUUUCAAAGAUGUGAAACACACACAGAAAAAAGAAGAAAAUAUCAACAGCAGAGAAAAAGCGGAGAGAAAAAAGCAACAAAAUCAAAUAGAAAAACCUACAUUUUCUUAUGGCUCCCAAGUGAGUGCUUCUUGGCCUGACACUAAUUUGACGGAAUUGUUAGUUGACCAGACUACACAAAAAGGGAGCACAAAUCGCGUGUCGACCAGCCACGAUAAUAAUAAUAAAACGUUGCGGAUAACAACUACAACGGCAGUGAAAACAACAACAACAACAACAACAGCGAUAAUAACAAUAACAAAAUGUUUGCCCGCCCACAUUUGUCCUCGCCCAUUGCGUCCUUCUCAUCUCAAGCCAAUUUCGGAUUACUCAACUGGCUCAUCAGUUGGCUGCUAUUACUGAUGCUAUUGCUUAAAGGUUAUGGAGCUGCGAUUGCCCCAACGCCGCCGACGACAACGACGACCACAGUCUCGCCCUCGAAUUUGCUGCCCUACUUUGACUUUGAUGUGGCGCGAAACUUGACCGUAACCGUUGGCCAAACCGGCUUCCUCCAUUGCCGCGUGGAGCGUUUGGGCGAUAAGGAUGUCUCUUGGAUACGCAAACGUGAUCUGCAUAUACUUACAGCUGGCGGCACAACCUACACAUCCGAUCAGCGUUUUCAGGUUAUACGACCCGACGGAUCGGCCAAUUGGACACUGCAAAUCAAAUAUCCACAACCGCGCGAUUCGGGUGUCUAUGAGUGCCAAAUCAACACGGAACCGAAGAUGUCCUUGUCGUACACCUUCAAUGUUGUCGAACUCAAAGCGGAAAUCUUUGGGCCCAGCGAUCUGAUGGUGAAAACUGGCAGCGACAUUAACCUAACAUGUAAAAUUAUGCAAGGACCCCACGAGUUGGGCAACAUAUUCUGGUACAAAGGCACCGAAAUGCUCGAUGUGAAGAAUGAGAACGAAAUUGACAGCGCCAUGGCACGCAUUCGCGUCGAGGAUGAUUGGUCCGAUGGACUGACUUCAAGAUUAAAAAUCAGGCACGCCAUGCCCGGCGAUACUGGCAACUACACCUGUGUGCCAACGGUGGCAAAAACCUCCAGCGUCUAUGUGCACGUAAUUAUUGGCGAACACCCCGCGGCCAUGCAGCACAAUUCAAGCAGCAAUAGCAACAGUUUCUACUGCGGCAUCUGUUGCAUGUUGCUCAGCAUUGUCUCCUGCUGCCUGCAGCAUUGGUUUGUCAAUGUGAGUGGAGGGACGACGAGCUAUGGAGGAGGGAGAGUUUCAGCAGCAGUAGGAGCAGCAGCAAGUGAAACCAGGAGAAUGUCGGCGAGGUGCUUUCAGCCCACUUCACUACAGCAAUGUCCAUAUGCAAGAAAAACGGCGGCAGCAUCUACGGCAGCAACAACAACACUAAGAGAACGCCUUGUGGCAGUUGAAUGCAUGAGAUGAAGGAAGCAAUCAUAAAGAGAAACGAGAACAUACAGAAAUGUCAAACUCACCCAAGGUGAUGGCGAUGACGAUGACGGCGAAGAUAAAGAUGAAGAUGAUAAUGAAGAUGGUGAUGAUGAUGAUGAUCAUGAGGAUGAGACGAUGAUGGAGAAGUUCAGUUAUGGUUUGUGGUGUAUAACUUGAAUGUGGAAAUCUCUGAAAUGCAUACACUUAGUGGAAAACAUUUUAGCAUAAGGCACACGAAACCAAACGAAAAGAAAAUACAUUUAAAAUAAUAUAUUAAUAUUUCAUUUAUGCAGAUUUACACAGACCAUUAUCAUUAUAAAAUAAGACUUACUAGCUAUAAAUAUGCUUCAUUAACCAUACAAACAGCCAAAAGCAACCAACCAAGCAGAAACCUUUAUCUCUCCUCCACAUCCGCAUCCGCACUCGCCUAUUUGCAUUCGCAAUUGCAUUUACAACUGAGAAAUUUCAUCAUUUUCGACGUUUCUCUUUCUCUAUCUCUCUCCCUAUCUCUGUCUCUGUCUCUGUCUCUGACUCUAUCUCUCGUGACUGCCAAUGAAGAAAAAGAUUUUGGCAAUCAUUGAAAUGCAUAUGCAUUAAUAGGUACAUAUACUUCUAUAGGUAACUGUACAAUGUUUAAUUGAAUUGUGAAUUCGUAGAUUCGAUUUUUUUUCGAAAUGUUUGCUGUAAAUAAGAGCCAUUUAAGAAGAUUUUAGAACAAACACUAAAAGAUGCAUAAAACACACAAACCGAAAAUAAGAAACGCAUUGAAAACUUAUAAAUAGAGAAAUUUUUGUAUUGUAUUCGAGCAUUUAAGUUAUAGUUGUAAACUUUUAGUACUAACUGUAAGCCUUCGUCUCAAAUUAGCAGUGUCAAAGCAGUCUAAAUUGAUUCAAUCCUGUUUCAUCAGCCAGACCCAUUUGCCACCUACAUUUACAUAAUUAUAUAGUUGUUUUUUAAUUGUAUAUACAUAUAAUGAAUGAAUUUUUGGCUCACAACAACAUAAAUGAAAUCAAGAUAUAUCCAACAAAUAGACAUAUAUAUAUA